CAGACUGCACGUGUUGUUCGUUUGGUUUGGAUUGGAUCUCUGAUUUUGAUCAAUUUCUUUUAAUUAAAAUUACAAAUGGCUGAGGAAGGACCACCCGAGGCAAGCAUUGACUUUGUGCCCGCGCUGUGCUUUGUGCCGCGCGGCGUUGCCAAGGAUCGACCCGAUAAGAUUGUGCUGACCCAAGGCGAGUUGGCCAGAAUCAUUGGCGCCACGCAGCAGGAGCUAGAAGAGGACAGUGAGGACGAGGACGAAGGCGAUGAGACAGCAGCUGGCGGCGCCGGCAUGGACGUGGACGAUGAUGAUGCCAAUAGCGAGAACCGCAAUCCCCAGGACGAGUACGACUUCAAUGGGUAUGACAACGAGGAGAACGCGACGGUGACAAGUUUGGCCAACAUUGUAGAUGCCGGUGAGCAGGUGCCCGAUGAAGACGAAGACUCUGAAGCUGAGGACGAGGUUAUCAAGCCCAGUGACAACUUGAUUCUCGUGGGUCAUGUCCAGGACGACGCCGCCUCCAUGGAGGUGUGGGUGUUCAAUCAGGAGGAGGAGGCUCUCUACACACAUCACGACUUCCUGUUGCCCAGCUUUCCGCUCUGCAUCGAGUGGAUGAACCAUGAUGCGGGCAGCGAUAAGGCCGGUAACAUGUGCGCCAUUGGCUGCAUGGAUCCGAUCAUAACUGUGUGGGACUUGGAUAUUCAGGACUCCAUCGAGCCCACAUUCAAGCUGGGCUCCAAGGGCAGUCGCAAACAUCAGAAGGAGCAGUAUGGCCACACGGAUGCCGUUCUGGAUCUGUCGUGGAACCGGAACUUCGAGCACAUCUUGGCCAGUGGCUCGGUCGAUCGGACGCUGAUCCUCUGGGACAUGGAUGAGGGACAACCGCACACUACCAUCACAGCUUUUGAGGAGAAAGUUCAGUCCCUGGAGUUCCACCCCACAGAGGCUCAGAGCAUUCUAACCGGAUGUUCGGACGGAUAUGUGCGGCUCUUCGAUUGCCGCGACGCUGAGGCCGUGAACUCGUCCAGCAUCAAAUGGAAGGUGGACGGCGAGGUGGAGAAGGUUCUCUGGCACCCCACCCAAACCGACUACUUCAUCAUUGGCACCAACGACGGCAGUCUCCACUAUGCCGAUAAGCGCACACCCAACCAAAUUCUGUGGUCCGUGAAAGCCCACAACGAGGAAAUCUCCGGGGUGUGCUUCAACAGCCAAAUGCCCAAUCUGCUGACCUCCACCUCCACGGAGGGCACUCUGAAAGUCUGGAACUUUAACAGCACCGAGGCGAAGCAUGUCUACGAGCACGAGUUCAAUAUGGGUCGUCUGCAGUGCAUGCGCCAGUGUCCGGAGGAUCCAUACACGCUGGCAUUCGGUGGAGAGAAGCCUCCCCGGUGUGCAAUCUACAACAUAAAGAAUUCCGUGGCAGUGCGUGGGACAUUCGGUAUUGCCGAUUCAGAGUCGUAGUGGCGUAUUCAUGAAUGUAUAUGCUGGAUGCUGAUGAUUUGUAUUCACGAUUUAAGAACAUUUUAUAAAUAUAUAUGGCUAAUUUGUAAGGAUCCAAAACGUAUCAGU